AAUUCCCAAAUUCAAAUCCCUAAAGCCCCAAAGAGCGCGAGCGACACAGUCGAGAGAGAGAGAGAGACGGUGAAAAAAUGGAGCACAACCAAGCUGUGGAUGGACUUCUAAACCUGUUUUCCAAGGCCAAUCGCGACCUCUCCGCAGUGCAGCACAAGCUCCACAAAGAAUUCCAGCAAACCUACCCCGAAAACACAAAUCCGAUGAAGCUGGUGGAGAGGCUGAAAAAGAUAGAGGAAGAAAUGUCAUCAUUGAAGGACGAGUGCCGCGAGCUUCUCGCAUGCAAAACAGGUCCUACCAUCGCAAAACAUUUCUUGUAAUUUGUUAUGUGAUGCUCAGCAAACAGACACAAAUCAAAAAGGGACAAAGCUAGCUUGGUGUGUGAAAGAAGAUGUAGGCCCUAAUGUCAUCUUGGUGUGUGGCUAGUGAAGAUAAGGCACGUGGGAGUCAAAAGGGUUUCUCUCUGUGGGCACGAGUGCAUAAUCUAUAUCAAGAAGCUCGAACAAAUAAUCUGGAAGAACUCGGCGAAAGAAACAUUGAUAUGAUAAAAGGUCGUUGGAAACGACUUAAUGAAAAUGGAAACAAGUGGGUUGCUGCUUACAAGGAAGCAUGUGCUCUGAAAAGGAUUGGAAUGAGCCUAGCGGAUGUUGAGUUAGAAGCUCAUGCAAUUUAUGAAGCAAGUGGUAGCAAGUUUCGGGAUUCAGUUGUAUUUAAUGAAGUUAUGAGUAAACAUCCCAAGUGGGACUUAACAUCUCAAGAUUUUUCACGACUACAUCCUAAAAACAAAGAGACUAUUCCAGAAAGUCCUAAAAAUGAAGAGACAAUUCAAGAAAGUGGUGGCAGCUCCAAAAGAUCAAGGACUUCUGAAGAUGGGGAUUAUUCUAUGCCUUCCAAUUUAGAAACUCCAAGUAUUGGUUGUUCGACUAUUCCCUGUCCUAAAAGUCCUAAAACUCCUAAUGCAUCAGAAUCUUUAUCUAAUAAUGAAGUUGCUGCAGAAAUUCGUGCAUUGAGACUCAUUAUAGAUAGUGAGGCUGAAGUAAUGAGUAAAUUGGGAAGUGCGAGAAUCGACUUAGAGCUCAAAAAAGAAAAACGAAAGGCUAUGAAGAUGAAUCAAGUUUUGUUGAACACGUUGUUGGCGAAAGAUCAUUUAUCGGCAGAAGAUGAAGGGAUAAAACAUCGUCUAAUGGAAAUUGUGUUUAGAUAGUGAAAGUAGUUUAAUUUCAUGUAAUUUUAGUUUUUCACUUUAGUUAUCUAAUUAUAUAAUUUGACUACACAAUUGAGUUGA